AAAUGUAAUCGGACACUAUUCAUACUCGUACUGCGGUAUUUUAAAUUUGAAAAAGCUACAAUGAGACUAUAUACUUCAUGAUUGAUCAAGAAGCUCGGUAUGGACUACAAUUUUAAGAAAGCAUGACGAUUAUGAUUCAUGGAGUUAUAUUAUUUUUUUCUUUCUUUUUGUUUGGAAUUAACGCACAAACAAGCUGUUCAGUUGAUGCUGACUGUCCAGUUAACGCAACAUGUAACGCAACUGUAGCGGAAUGUGUCUGUCCUACAGACUAUGUUCUGUAUAUCAACACGUGUUUAUACGAUUGUGGAAACCCACCCGACUUCUACGUGGAUGGCAUAGCAUUAUCAUUCUUUCUGCUACAUUAUAUCUACCUUGAAGGAGAUUUUGUAUAUUAUGAAUGUCCGUCAUCAAAUUACUCACUGUACGGAAAUGACAGUGGGGUGUGCGAGGUCGGCGGAUGGACAGGGAUGAAUCCUGUAUGCCUCCUAGAUUGCGGGACGUUACCUGCAAUAACUAAUGGUAACAUAACCCUAGAUGAUUCUACAAACACGACGGUUGGUGCCACGGCAACAGUUGACUGUGACGUUGGAUACAACCCAACUACAACCAUAAUGACAUGCUUAGAUACAGGACAAUGGGAAUCUGCUGACUGUAUUUCCGGUCCAGUUUGCCCUGACGGAUGGUUAAGUAACAAAACCUCGUGUUAUUUUUUCAGCACUAACGAGCUUAACUGGGACCAGGCUUUCGAACAAUGCAUAGCACUUCAAAGUUAUUUGGUAGAAAUAGAGAACUCUGAUGAAGACGAUUUCCUUACUUCGGUUGUUUUAGGAACAUCUUACGAAUAUUACAUUGGUCUCAGAGAGAUUGAAGGCUCCUGGAAAUGGAUGACCAGUGGGAACUUCUAUACUCAAGCGGAUACUGAUGUCGCUUCGUUUUGUGCAAUGAUUUAUACCGACAACUGGCUUGCUGUUAACUGUUCUACAUUAUAUCGAUAUAUAUGUGAAAAGAGAUGCAAGUUCAAACUUCAAAUUGUGCUCUAGCAUAUAAGCAAGUGAAGUGGUUUAAGGUAUGUAGAAACCCAUUUAAAAGCAUAACAUUGUUUUGAGAAAACGUAGUUAUAAAUAAAACAAUAAAUAAAAUUCACUCGCAUUCAUUGAAUCUAUUUAACACUGAUUUAAAGAUAAUUUAUUCAAAACUGCGAUUUUAUCGUUACCGAUGUGGGGAGUUCAGAUGCGAAGGUUUUAUGUAAAAACAAAUCUAAUGACAAUGGUUUUAUUCAAUAAAAAUCACUGUUAAGGUGUAUUAUUAAACCCCAUCAAAACUGUUUUGGGUUUUGGGCUAUUCGCUAGGGAUCGAGGGCUAUCGUAUGUAGUCAUAACGUAACUUUAAAAGUUAAAAAGGGGUAUUGUCAAAAAACUCACACGACAUUAGCCAUUGAAAAAUGAAAAAUGUGCAGUUGUCACAGUUAUAACAAAUUAGUAGUCUCGGCUUAGGCUUUUUUCUAAUUCUUUACUUUCCGUUCUUAUAAAAAGCCUAAGACAGAAUUACUGUGAAAUUAGCAAUCAUAAUAAGAUAAAGAUAGAAUAAUACAAAAAGCACAAAUAAUAAUUAACGUGUUGUUUAAAGAAAUACAAAAAAACCCACAAAAAAACAGCAUUAACGAUUUUUCAAAUAUUCCUUACCACAGCGUCUGGUGAAUUAAUUCAAGAAAAUAAAUAAUUGAAAAUGAUUUGAAAAAAGUUUUUCUCUACAUUCUUUACAUUUUCUGUCUUACUGGUAAGAGUACAAAGAACAUUCUGAGGGCCGAAGGAAUUUGAUGGUUAGAAUUGCAAAGCGAUUAAAAAGAACAGACGAAUGUAUUUCUUUCUUUCAUUCUAUCUCUCAAUCAUACACGUAAGACAAACAAGACGAUUGGGCAUACAUGAUAAGUGUUCAUAAAGACUGCAUGGACAUACACACGGAUGAAUUACCGCUGGAACCUCCGUUGAUAUCUGUGAUAUAACAAACAUUGCCGAGGAUCCCCGAUUCUAUAAAACAGCAGACGAUGCAAACUUAAUAAAACCUAACGCUAUCGGAAAUAUGGCGCUUGCGCGAGGGUUGAGUAAUGCACGGCACACGUUACUAUUAAGUAUACAACAGUCUAUAAAAGUAUUACGCGUGACAUUCUAUCCUGCGAGGAGAGAAUGUUUCAUUACACUACAAUUAUAUGAUAUUUACAAUAAACUACAUUACUACAAUACCCAGUAUGAACAUAUAUGCUUUAAUUCUCGACAUUCAGCUUUGUGUAAAGAAUAUAUCUCAAACAUUUACCUGGAAGCAAUGCACAUGUCAAACUGUUCUUACUUACCUUUCUCAUGGCUCAUUGUCACAGGUGCAAUUUUUCUUUUCAAAAUGGCUUUUUGUAAUUUUUUUCUCAUAAAACAUUUUAAUUGUAAUAAAUUUAAGUGCAUAUGGCUCAUGGACCUAUUACUGUAACCUAGGUACGUUACUGCCACCUGUGAUUAAAGGUAGAUGCCCACAAUAUGGAUAACUUAAAUAAAUUUUGCAUUAAUGUACAUGCAACAGAUAUUUAAAGUAUAUGACCAGGUUUAGCUUAUUAAAGGUGGAUACUCAUUUUUUUCUGAAAUUAAAGUUACUGGUUUCAUACAAAAUAUUUUUUGAACAGGGGUAAUGGACAAAUACAUGCUAUUGACUGUAAAGGAAGGUUAAAACAAGAUGGAAAAAGCUAUAUAAAUUGAGUUAUGAGCAAUCAUAUAAACAAAUAGCAAUGUAUAAUUUGGUAACACACUGCUUUUGUGAUACAUGUACACAUUCAUCUUAAAUGCCUGAAAGUGAAUAAUCAAAGAAAUGCAAAUUCCACUGAAACAAAACUUAGUUAAUCUGAAGCUCAUGAUCGAAAGAUCAAUUCUACAAUAUAUGACAUCUGAAAAAUAAAUUUUCAGUUUUUACAGUUUGAAUUCGUAACAUUCUCCCCGUUACACAAAAUAUAUUUCACCCUAUUGUGGGAGAGUAUCAAUACAUGUAUUUGCGCGUAUGGGAAAACAUUGCCAUUUCCUUUGUAUCUGUGGUCGCUGACGUAAGAGAGACUUUGGUACUAAAAAUGUAUGGGAUUUAUUCGGAUAGAGAAAACACUACCGUUUCGUACGCCGUUGCUCGCUUGUAAUGCGUAAACGGUUUGGAACUGGGCUUUGAAGUAAGGUUUUUCUGACAGAUUAUUCUUUUGCCCAAAAGACGGCCAAUCAUCGAUAAGGAAAAUUUGUUUUGAAAAAAAAAUACGGACCUGGAAGCAAAGCACAUGUCACGUCACGAGGUCGCUGAGGUAAGAGAGACUCUGUGCAUGCCGGCUGGCGUCUGUAACAAGAGUAUCGGAACCAUAUCCUUAAGAUGAAAAAAAAAAACAACAAAAAACAAAAAAACAUUGUGGUUCUGAUUGUAUAAAUCUGAAAUGUGAAAUCCAGUAUUAUCAUAAGACAUAGACCUAGAAAAACUUGAGUUAUUAAAACUAGGUGUAUCCCGCUGAAAAUCAGAAACCAGGCUGGACCUACCAGUAGGGUUAUUACUGAAUUCACAAGUAACAUGUGUGAUGUUAGAUGGUCUUGGUGGGUAUAUUGAUACAGGGAUGUGGUUGCGGUCUCUGCCUUGGUGGUAUAAUGUACCUCGUUUCUGUUUAUACCCGCACCAUGUUUGGGUGGGUUAUAUAGGAGUCAGUUUUGUCGCGUCACGUCACGUCCCGUCCCGUCCCGUCGCGUCGCGAAAUCUAUUAUCCCAGUUGUUACUAAAUCGAUUUAAUUCAGACUUUAAAUAGAUAUUCCAGCUUAUCACCCGCAUCAUCUGACACAAGGUGUAAAACUCUGACACUAAUGUUUCAUGAAUUAUGCCCCCUUUUAGUUAGAAUCUAAGGUUAAUUUUGAUGCAUUUUCACUAUAUCUCAGUUAUUACUAAAUGGAUCUGAUUCAAACUUAUAAAUAGAUGUUCCACCUUAUCACCCACAUCAUGUGACACAAGGUGCAUAACUUUGACACUAGUUUUUCAUGAAUUAUGCCCCCUUUUACUUAGAAUUCAAGGUUAAUUUUGAUGCAUUUUCACUAUAUAUCAUUCUGAUUGGCUUAGAGCCAAGGUACAGUAACCUUUUUUAAACUUUUGUACUGAGCUACUUCCCCUUAAAUUCCAAGAAUUAGUCUAUUUAUAGAAAUUCUAUUUUUAGAUUUUCAAUAUUUUAGGUAUUUUGUAACUUUUUUAUUAUUAGCCCUAUGUAAAAAAUAAAUAC